UAAUGCAAGCUGAGAAUUAAUAAAAAUGCAAUGUCGUGUUUGCUUGCAAUCAAAUUGCAAUAGUCUAAUAGAAAUGGACCUUUUGGUAUCAGAUGAAGGAGAAACACUUUACGAUUGCUUUAAUGCCUGCACGCGGCUAUGUGCUUCAGCAAAUGACGGCUUGCCUAAUACACUGUGUAAGAAAUGCACCAAAAAGUUGGAAAUAGCUUUUGAUUUUAGAAAAUGUGCACUUUUGUCCAAUGAAGAGUUUAAAAGAAUACUCAAACUAGCAAAUACAAAGACGGAAUCGCUGCAGCUUGUUAAUGCCAAUGAUUUAGAAGAACAUACCUCCGAUCCAUUGGAAAUGGAGCCUAGUGAAUCGAUAGAAAUAGUAAAACAGCAUAAGGUUCUAGGUGAAACAUCGCUUGACACGUGGGAGCUAGUUCCGGAAGAUAGUUAUAAUGCAGAAAUAAUAUUGGAAGAUCUGAGGCCGGAGGAUGAAACUACUUCAGAUAUGCAACCGGAUGACAUAAUGCAAGACAAUAGCUGUAACACUGACAAUGAAGAUGAUUUGAUAUCAGAGGUUUUUAGUGAGUCGCAAGCAAGUGCCUUAAAUGAACUAGAAUUUCAAAAUCAAACAAAUUAUGUAGAUAGUGAUUCAAAUGUUACUGCACCAUACCAAUGUGAGUAUUGUAGUGACGAGUUUUCAACCGAUGGCGAACUGCAUGAUCAUGUCAAAAAGCAUAUAUUUAAAUGCCAAUUUUGCCCAAAAAUUUGUAUUAACAUGUCUUAUUACGAAAAGCAUCUCAAUCGGUUGCAUUCAAGCAAUGCUUCAGCUGAACCAAUUCUAGUCGAAGGUGCCGAAAUUAAUAAAGAUAAAAGGAUAGUCUGCACGUUGUGCAAUAUGACCUACAGUACGCUUGGGGCCUACCGAAGGCACGCUGUUAAAACACAUGACUUCGAUUUUACGAAAAAAGAUACUAAUAAAGAUGGAGUCAAUGACAUACAAAAAGACUACACAGUAAAGACUAACAAUUAUUUUUUGCAAGAAGAAAUAAGCCAAGGUGGCGUAGAGAUAAAUGAUUGUAUUACAAAGAUUCAGAAAAAGAAAAAUUAUCUAUGUUCUUUUUGCCCGCGUGUGUUACUAUCUAAAGGAGGCUUAGCACAACAUGAAGCCAAACAGCACUUAAAAAUAGAACCUGAUCUGAACCAGUGUCCAUUUUGCGGUAAAACAUUCAAGAGAGACUAUCUUGGAAAGCAUAUGGAUGUUGUACACAAUGAAGUACGUAAAUUUAAAUGUAAUAUUUGUGGCAGAAUGUUUAAAACCCAACAUGUGGCUGCCCGACAUCGACUAUUGCACAACUCAAAGGAUCACAAUUUUUCUUGUUCUGUAUGUAAUAAAAGGUUUACGGAGAAAUCUGCACUUAACGUACAUAUGCGUUUGCAUACAGGCGAAAUGCCAUUCUCUUGUAAUAUAUGUGAAAAACGAUUUAGAAUUAGAGGACAUCUCACUUAUCAUUUGAAACUACAUGUUAAUGCCAAACAUAAAUGUGAUAUUUGUGACAAAGAAUUCAAACAUCCAAAAUCACUACAAAACCAUUUAUAUGUGCAUAGUGGAUUGAUGCCUUAUACUUGCACUAUUUGCGAGUAUGGAAACGUAAAACGCGAAUAUUUUACAAAACAUAUGCUACAGAAGCACAACAAAGAAAUGACUCCUGAGGAAUUAUUUGAAAUGUAUAAAUCGAAUACAGGUAGGCCACUCUAUGCAAAGAUAAUUGAGCGCAUUGACUAGUUAAAGAUGGAGGAACUCGGAAGUAAUUUCUUAUAAGAAAACAUUUAAUAUU